AUGUCUACAGAGGCAGGAAAGCACACUGGAUCUGGUGGACACCAGGACAACUACUCGAUGGAAGAGCGCGCGUCAAAGUUGCAAGUUGAGCGUGACCAGGAUCCCGACGUGCAGCAGGCGUUGAAGGAAGGGGACGAGUCUGGUGAGAAGACUCAGUCAUUCCAGGAGAAGGCGGAUCCUGACUACGUGCCAGGAGCUGAACCGACCAAAGAGGAUGUCGAGCUUGAUGAGGCAGAAGUGGAGCCCGAGGCAUGA